AUCGUAGGAAAGUUUCAUAUGAAAAACGAUUCUCCUGGCGAUCGCUUCGAUCGAAAUAACAAGAAGGAUUAGUCAACAGCAGUGAUAUCAUAACGCAGUCAAAGCUCAGUAAUUUUUAAUGUCACUGGAUUUUUAUUUCGUCUGGCGAAGGAUCUUUAUUUUGAACUUCAUGCAGAGAUUUUGAACGCCAAGAUAUCUCUGUUUUAUAUCUAAUGAAGGGAUUAUAAUCGAACAACGAAUCAAGCUUCAAAAUGGACGUUUCCAAAAGGCAAAUUUCGCUCUCGAGGAGAGUUUUUGAUGAACAAGAAUUCAAACGAUGUUAUGUGCCAAAAAAUUCGRCAAGAAAACAGAAGUCCGUGGCGAAAAGACUAAGGAAGCAUUUUUGUACGAAUUUAUCUAAACUGACUUUGAGAGGAGUAUUGAAUUCCUGGUUUCCUAUAUUAUUAUGGCUACCGCAGUAUCAAGUGAAGGAAAAUCUUCUACCAGACGUAGCCGGUGGYCUUACCGUAGCAGUCUUACAUAUACCUCAAGGUCUAGCUUAUGCCAUGUUGGCAUCUUUACCGGCUAUCACAGGGCUGUAUCUCGCUUUUGUUCCUCUUAUUGUUUACACUUUGCUUGGCACUUCAAGACACUUAUCGAUAGGUACUUUUGCUGUAGUAUGCCUCAUGAUUGGACGGAUCAAGGUUCCCAUUCCUGCUGAUUUGAUUGCAGUUGUCUUGGGAACAGUAAUCACAUAUUCAGUCGAGACUCACAAGAAAUAUGAUGUAGCAGUAUUGGGACACAUACCAAAAGGGAUGCCCCCAAUAACGCUACCCAAGCUUAGCCUGAUGGCCAACAUCAUAACAGACGCGUUUGUCAUUGGUGUCGUCAUCUUCGCUACGAAUAUAUCCAUGGCAAAGAUGUUUGCCAAAAGAAAUAAUUAUAAAGUGGACGCCAAUCAGGAAUUAAUCGCAUAUGGAUUUGUAAAUAUGAUUGGAUCAUUUUUUUCGUGUUUUCCCGUCAGCGGGUCUUUAUCACGUUCKGCUGUCCAAGAAACUUUAGCCAAAACUUUAGUAUGUAACGUUCCUAUAUUGGCUGUAAUCCUUUUGGUUCUCCUAUUUAUCGCUCCAUUAUUYUAUUUUUUACCCAAGGCUGUUCUUGCCGCUAUAGUGGUUGUUGCUCUAAAAGGUUUAUUCCUACAGUUCAAGAGAUUCUGGGAACUGUGGAAGAUCUGCAAGUACGAUGCUUUUGUUUGGAUAAGCGUGUGGACUGCUGUAGUUAUUCUUGGUAUUGAUACUGGUCUUGCUGUUGGUGUGGUCGUAGCACUCAUGAUCGUUCUCAUCCGCUCAUCAAGACCUCGCAGUGCCAUUCUCGGACAUGUGCCAUCUACUGGAGUUUACCGUGAUAUAAAAAAAUUUCCAGGGGCCRAAGAGUUUCCUGGUAUCAAGGUAUUUAGGUUUGAGUCUGCAGUGUUCUAUGCCAACGCUGAGUUCUUCAGGAGUGAAUUGUUGAAGAAAGUCCACAUAGAUCCAGAAGAAGAGCUAAAGAAUUUACUUGGGAAACGAGUGAGAUAUGAAGCUAAUGCGAACAAAAUGACGGAAUCUCCAGUGGAUAGUGACCCUGGAGAAAUAAGGAGUGAGUCAGUCGUCAUAGAAAACCAGAAUGUAUCUAUGAACGGGAAUGUCAAGCGACCAACGUCAAGAGAAGAAUCCUGCACCUCAGACGACGAGACCCAGGGACCAGUCAGACUUCACACUAUAAUCAUUGAUGGCAGUACAUUUAACUUUAUUGAUACUCAAGGYGUUAACAUGUUAAUCCAGCUGGCRCUUGAAUUCGAGAAAAUUGACAUCAAGUUUUAUCUUGCCAGCUGUCGGCAUGGUAUUCGUGAUAUGCUCAAUAAAGUUGGAUUCAGAAACAAAGUGGGUGAUCAACACAUUUUCAUCUCCGUCCAUGAUGCUGUUGUACACGCGUUACACCCAAACGAUGAUGUUGAAGAAGUAAUGAGCAUAGAUACAGAGAUUUGCACACCUCCCAUGAGUACUUCACCAAGUAUCGCAGCUAUUCCUAGCCUGGAAACGUACCCAGAGGAACCUGAAAGUCCAACGAUGAACGACACUCAUUUCUAAUUAACCUUGCUGUAUACUCAAGUGACGGAAGAGUGGAGCGUAUCAUAUCAUUGUCAAGAGGACAUAUCAACAGACGCCUAUAUAUUACCGGCAACGCAAGUUUAUCAUUAAAAUUUGGCAGACCGUGCCUCGAGUCUCUACACGAUUCGAGCAACUUGUAAAGAACUUGGAGCUGCAAGCCAGUCGUUCGUCCCAAUGUGUGUUCAAACAAGAUUCGCGUUCGAGAUGGCAUUUAAUGUAGUUUCUUUGCUUCCAAAAGGGCAAAGAACCGUAAAAGAUUUCAAACAAAUGCAUUCAACUCAAAAAAAUCUAAGUAGAUUGUUAUUGUGCUACGAGUUUAUGAAUCCUUAUCGAAAAUGUUUUUAUAGCAAUGCAUGAUAAUACUCAUCAUAAAUCUCGUGUUCUGAUAUCGUGGCCCGUCAAGUUCCUUGCAUUUGGACGCGUACGCAACCUUGAGAAAAUGGUCCAUAGCAAAUACAAACCAAGUUCAGAACUAGAUUUCAUGGGUCUAUAAUUAAAUCUUCGGGAACCUUAGGGUGUCGGGGUCUACUGUUAUUAUAAGUGAUUAGAAAAAUCAUCAGCUUUGAACUAAAUCAAUGUUUUGUUAUAUUCCAUGUGGUGAUUUAUAAAUUCAAUGCGAGUUUAUGAAUAACCCAAUCUUUGAAAUUGCGGUUUUAAUGAAAUAAAUAUCAUUAUUUAUCAAUCACAUUAAAAGAAAAAAAUU